UACCCAUAAUCCUCUCUUUCUUUCUAUGCCUGAAUCGCCACGAUGAAGGUCGAACUCUGCAGCUUCAGUGGUUACAAGAUCUACCCCGGUCAUGGGCGGCGCUAUGCCAGAAUUGACGGAAAGGUAUUCCAGUUCCUGAAUGCCAAGUGCGAGUCCGCCUUCCUGGCCAAGAGGAAUCCCAGGCAGAUCAACUGGACUGUGCUUUACAGACGUAAGCACAAGAAGGGACAGUCUGAAGAUGUGGCGAAGAAACGCACUCGUAGGGCCGUGAAGUUCCAGAGGGCCAUUACUGGAGCAUCACUGGCUGAGAUCAUGGCCAAGAGGAACCAGAAGCCAGAGGUCCGCAAGGCCCAAAGGGAGCAGGCAAUCAGGGCUGCUAAGGAGGCAAAGAAGGCUAAGCAGACAACAAAGAAGCCCUCAACAGGAAGCACCAAGGCUCCUACCAAGGCAGCACCCAAACAGAAGAUUGCCAAGCCCAUGAAAGUCAACGCCCCCCGUGUUGGAGGAAAACGUUAAUAUUCUGAGUCCUUAUUAAUAAAAUACUCGGAGGAAACACA